AUGAGUUAUCAACAAGACAUGUAUCACGACGCCGCGCGCUCCCCUGGUUCCCAGCGACACCAACAACCUCUGCAUCGUCAACCCUCUCGUCAGUUCGACGCUUACGGCGCCAUGCCCAACAACCUCUACGAGGAUCCGAUGCGUUAUGAAUCUGCUCGCCUCGAACGGUUGAAUCCGUCCAUCCAGAACAACUACGGUUACGAUAUUUCCGGCUCCCAGACAUGGAAUCCCAAUGGCUUUGCGAACGCACAAACCCUCGGGGGGAUUCGGUCGGCAUCCGCCAGUCUGAAGCCUAACGCUCGUGGCCGCACUGGCCUGCCUACGACUUGGUUGGAUCAACAGCCAAACAUGCCCCAGGCCUUUUCCAACUUGGGACCGGGUCCCAUCCAAAGCAGCGCGAUGCGACCGGAGCCGUCGGCGUCAUCGGCCGACGAUGAUGAAUUGAUCCCAACUGCGAUCGUCAUCAAGAACAUUCCCUUUGCCGUGAAGAAGGAGCAGCUGGUUCAGCUGAUGACUGAACUGAACCUGCCCCUGCCCUACGCCUUCAACUACCACUUUGACAACGGGGUGUUCCGUGGACUCGCCUUCGCCAACUUCACAUCCGCCGAAGAGACAGCCACUGUGAUCGAGGUGCUCAACCACUUUGAGCUGCAGGGACGGAAAUUGCGGGUCGAAUACAAGAAGAUGCUGCCUCUGCAGGAGCGGGAACGGAUCGAACGCGAGAAGAGGGAGCGACGUGGCCAGUUGGAGGAGCAGCACCGCCCGAUGGGCGGAGGCCCCCAGCUCCAGACCCAGAGCUCCAUGUCGUCCCUCACCUCCCACAUCCCUGCGACUUCGCCUUCUCCUGUGUCGCAGCGCGGCCAGAAAAUCGAUGUGGACUUGAACGACACCCAGACCCUCUCCUACUACUCCCAGCUCCUCCUGUUCAAGGAGGAUACCGUUCGCGAUUCCGUGAUUUUCCCCCACAACCUUACCCCGUCUCAGCGUCGCACGGUUCACACCCUGGCCCACAACAUGGGCUUGGGCCACGCCUCCCGCGGCAGUGGUGAGCAGCGCCAGGUGCAGGUCUUCAAGAUUCCUGCCGGAGCCAACGUUAGCCCACCCAUGUCCUCCAUCCCGUCCUCGGGACAGUCUGACAGUGGCCGCCGCGGACUGAACCGCGCAGCCACCAUCGACUUCAGCGAGGCUCGCCAGGAAGCCGGACAGGGCGCGUUCAACACCCUGCGUAACCAGAACUCUGGUUUCCUGGGUGUGAUGGACUCCCCUAACAACUUCGCCAACGGCCAGAACCUGCGCGCUGCCAAGUCCUUUGCCGACUUGCGCUCCUACACCCCUUCCCCCGCGCCCUCCUCCGCCAGCUUCCCCGCUGCCAUGCAGACCAACGGCGCCCGACUCCCCUACGAGGGCGCGCAGACCACAAACUCCAACACCCCCACGCUGACCCCUGCCCAGUCCGGCUCCUCUCUUGGCAUGCAGCGUGACGACAACCUGCUGGUCAACAGCCUGGGAGGUCUCUCCCUCGGCACUGGUAUCGGUGGCCCCAACUCCAGCCCCCGUCGCCUGCGAGGCAUGUUCUCCUGGGAGCAGGAGAGCCAACCCUCCAACGCCGGUGCUAUUGGUAGCAACCGCGGCAUGGGUAUGGGCUACGAAGGCCAGCAGGAGCGCAUGCCUGUCCGCCAGCCCCGCGGCCCGACCCCGGACAAGGGCACUGGCUUUCGCCGCCAAAACGGCCACCAAGCACGCGGAAGCGAUGAACUCCGCACCAACUCCGGAGUAGAAAUCAUCGUGGAGUAA